AUGGCUCGAGAAACAUCGACGACAACGCUGUCAUUCGAUCUUUUGGUUCCGAUCGUCGGAGAAUUGGCCGGUGGAUCUGUGAGGGAAACCGAUGUGGAGGAGCUCAAGGUGAGCGAAAAUUCCGCUGAAAAUGCUCCAUUUUCAGCCAAAAUCCAUGAAAACUACGAUGCUCCGCGUUUACGCCGUCGAAAAUGAUGCAAUUUGAGCCAUUUCUCGUCAAUUUUGAUGGUGUAAACGUGGAGCAUCGUUGUUUUUCUAUUGAAAAUGCGAUUUUUAGUGAUUUUCAACGGUGUCAAUGCGGAGCAUCGUUUGAAAAAUCAGAAAAACAACAAGACCCCACGUUUACACCACAAACUACGAUGCUCCACGUUUACACCAUCGAAAAACAUGCAAUUUGGAAGUGUAAACGUGGAGUAUCGUAGUUUUCCAUUGAAAAAUGUUUUUUUGCUUGAAAAAACCCGAAGAAAAUUAGGCCACGCCCCUAAAACCAUGCCGCAGCCUAUUUUCAACCAAAAAUCUCGAAUUUUAGCUCAAAAAUCCGGAGAAAAUUAGGCCACGCCCACAAAACCGUGCCGCAGCCUAUUUUCAACCAAAAAUCCUGAAUUUUAGCUCAAAAAAUCGCAAAUUUUUCCCAGAAAAAUUAGGCCACGCCCCUAAAACCGUGCCGCAGCCUAUUUUCAACCAAAAAUCCUGAAUUUUGGCUCAAAAAAUCGCAAAUUUUUCCCAGAAAAAUUAGGCCACGCCCCUAAAACCGUGCCGCAGCCUAUUUUCAACCAAAAAUCCUGAAUUUUAGCUCAGAAAAUUCAGAAAAAUUAGGCCACGCCCCUAAAACCCUGCCGCAGCCUAUUUUUUCCCGAAUUUUUCCCAGAAAAAUAAGCCACGCCCACAAAACCAUGCCGCAGCCUAUUUUCAACCAAAAAUCUCGAAUUUUAGCUCAAAAAAUCGCAAAUUCUUCCCAGAAAAAUAAGCCACGCCCACAAAACCGUGCCGCAGCCUAUUUUCAACCAAAAAUCCUGAAUUUUCCCUGUAUAAAUAAGCCACGCCCCUAAAACCAUGCCGCAGCCUAUUUUCAACCAAAAAUCCUGAAUUUUAGCUCAAAAAUUUCAGAAAAAAUUAGGCCACGCCCACAAAACCAUGCCGCAGCCUGAUUUAAACCAAAAAUCCUGAAUUUUAGCUCAAAAAAUAGCAAAUUUUUCCUAGAAAAAUAAGCCACGCCCACAAAACCGUGCCGCAGCCUGAUUUCCACCAAAAAUCCCAAAUUUUCCCUAUAUAAAUAAGCCACGCCCCUAAAACCGUGCCGCACUUCAUUUUUGCCCAAAAAUCUCGAAUUUUAGCUCAAAAAAUCGCAAAUUUUCAAAUUUUCCUCUAGAAACGCGGCUGCAACAUCGACUGGUAUCUCGAACUUCGCCAACGCGGUCAACCUCCAACAUCAGGAUUCGGAAUCGGCUUCGAACGACUCCUCCAAUUCUUGUUCUCGAUUCGCAACAUCAAAGAUGUCAUCGCAUUUCCCCGAUGGUAUAAACAUUGUCAAUGUUGA